GAGAAGAGAGGGAAGAGGAAAGGGAAGUUCCAAGUGGAGCAGGUCCACCCAUGCUGUGGUGAAUGAAGCCUCUAGUGGUGGGAAAUAUUACUGCCUGGUUACUUCUAUCAGCGAUGUGGAAAGAGAUUUUCCAGUGACAUCCUAUCCCAUCUUCCUCUGUUGCAGUGGUCACUGGUGGGUCAGACGGGAUAGGGAGGGCAUACGCCUUUGAAGUAAGUUCCCAUUACUGUUUCUGAAUGUGCCUGUGACAUCCAACCUGUCCAUCACUAACUCCUGUGGUUCAAUCCUACCUGUCUGUCCAUCACUAACUCCUGUGGUUCAAUCCCUCCUGUCUGUCUAUCACCAACUCCUGUGGUUCAAUCCCACCUGUGCAGCUGGCAGGACGUGGGCUGAACGUGGUGAUCCUGAGCAAAACCAAGGACAAACUGGACCGGGUGGCACUGGAGAUAGGUGGGAGGAACUAACGUCCUUCUUCUUCUUCUGGGAUGAUCAACAUUUUCAUUGGGGACUGUUUAGAUGUUAGGUCAAUGGGAUCAAUGACAUGUAUCUCUUGAUCUUCAUUCAUUCUGUGACAUUGCUCUUUCACAGCUGAAACCACGGGUCAGAAAGUGAAAGUGAUCGUAGCCGACUUCACUGAGGAUGACAUGUACGAGUGCAUUGAGGAGAAGCUGAAAGGCUUAUAUAUUGGUGUAUUAGGUACGUGGUUUUCAGAUUUUUGUGUGUGCGGAAAGUCGUUUCAUUCAGUCGUAUUUAUUGGAAAUGUAAAAAAUUUGAUUAUAAACGGGGUGGUUUGAGCCCUGAAUGCUGAUUGGCUGACAGUUGUGGUAUAUCAGACCGUAUACCACGGAUAUGACCCCAAUUUUUUUUUACUCUUCUAAUUACGUUGGUAUCCAGUUUUUAAUAGCAAUAAGGCACCUCGGGGGUUUGUGGUAUAUGGCCAAUAUACCAUGGCUAAUAGCAGGUACUCCGCAUUGCGUUGCACAUAAGAACAGCCCUUAGCUGAGGUACAUUGGCCAUAUACCACACCUCCUCAGGACUUAUUGCUUAAGUAUAGUAUUGUAAAUAAAACAAGGAGAAAUAAUGAUUUCCAAAAAUGGUCUAAAUAAUGUCGAUGAAAGUUAACCUCAUCUUAUCCAAUCCACACAGUGAAUAACGUGGGGAUUCUACCCAGUUAUAUUCCCUGCAAGUUCCUGCAGACUGAAGACCUGGAACAGGUGAGGUAGCUUAGUGGUUAAGAGCGUUGUGCCAGUAACCGAAAGUCCGCUGGUUCUAAUCCCCAAGCUGACUAGGUGAAAAAUCUGUCGAUGCGCCCUUGAGCAAGGCACUUAACCCUAAUUGCUCCUGUAAAUCGCUCUGGAUAAGAGUGUCUGCUAAAAUGUGAGAGGAGACAGACACUAUUGGUUACCUAUUGGCCUGUCCUCAUACCUCACCUGUGCCUCACACUCACCUCUCUCCCAUCACCAUUAUCCAAAACUCUGUGUAACGUCAUAAUAUGGUUGAUAUUACCUGGUGGUAGACGGAAGACAAGGAAAGGGAAACACACUUCACUAUUGUAUUUUUUUUCCUUCCAGAGAAUUACAAAAAUGAUCAACUGCAAUGUGAAAGCUUUGGUCAAGGUAGGUGGACCUACUGAUAUUGAAUUCCGUCAGUGGUGUUUAUGCUUAAAGGGAUACUUCAGGAUUUUGGCAAUGAGGCCCUUUAUCUACUUCCCCAGAGUCAGAUGAACUUUUGGAUACCAUUUUUAUGUAUCUGUGUCCAGUAUGAAGGAAGUUAUAGGUAGUUUUGCGAGCCAAUGCUAAGUAGCGUUAGCGCAAUGAGUGGAUGUCUAUGGGUAUCCCUUUAAGUGUCUUCUUGUUUUUAACUGACCUGUCUUUAUACUUUAUCCCACAGAUGUGCCAAAUAGUCCUGCCAGGGAUGGAGAUGAGGUGUUUUUGGAGAUAGGUUUACCUCAAUCUAAUAUUGAGACUUCGUAUUGUCAAUUCAUCAAAAGUUCAGUUUAUUUUUACUGAAACUGAAAUUGGUCAAAUCUAAAAGUCUGUUAAUUGCUUGAUAAACAUAAGUUGAUAAAUGUUAGGUGGAGAACCUGGGUAGUCCUGACCAGAGCCAUGUAUUUGGAUUUAUAUUCUACAGUAAAUGGCUCUGGUCCUGACUGUCCCCUAUGCCCUUACAGAGGGAAGGGAGUGAUCGUGAACAUCUCCUCUGGUUUGGCCAGUGUUCCUUCACCCAUAUACACCAUGUACUGCGCAUCAAAGGCUAGUACAGACCUGCUAUCUCUUUCACUAGUACAUACCUGCUAUCUCUUUCACUAGUACAGACCUGCUGUCUCUUUCACUUUGAAAUUGCUUCACUUAGCUUCAUCUAAGUACAGCAUGAUCAGCCAGUUGUAAAAAAAAUGCUUCUGGAAUUAGUCGUUUGUGUAACAAAUAAUCUAAGUGAUUUCAACGUUUCUAUGUGGCUGUCUUUGUCCAGGUGUUUGUGGAGAGGUUCUCUCAAGGUCUGCAGGCUGAAUAUAAAGCUAAAGGAAUCAUGAUACAGGUGCAGUGAUACAUCUAAGCAUCAGUGUGCAUGGAUCUAUUUUACAUUCAUGUGAAAGGGGGAAGAGCGCUCAAAUUAUCCGUACGUGUACUGACUGUGUACUGUAUUCAAUGGUUUGUACUGGGGAUCUGCUAUCAGUGCUGUGGUCAAUUCUAUAGAAAUUCAGUCAGUUUAGCAGGUGAAUUGAAAUUCUAGCUAAAUCAAUAAUUCAAAAGUACUGAAGGGAAAUAAAUGGCACUUUUCAAUUCUUCAACUGGAAGUUGAAUUCACUUCCCCACUUGACUGAAUUGAAAUGGAACUGACCUCUGACCUUGUCUACUCUAUUUGUCUGCUUUACUCUAUUCCUCUUUCCUGUGUCUCUGUGUCACAGGCAGUGGCUCCAUUUGGGGUGUCCACCCCCAUGACGGGCUACCAGAAGCCCAACAUGGUGACCCUGACAGCGGAGGACUUUGUCAGGACGUCCCUGGAGUACCUCCUAGCCGGGGACAAGACCUACGGCAGCAUCUGUCAUACAGUACUGGUAAAACACAUGAGAACAUUUACAGAAAGUAGAAGUAUUUACAGUGAAUAGUCAGAGCCAUCACUGAAACCAGGUCUGUCUGUGUGUGUGUGUGUGUGUGUGUGUGUGUGUGUGCGUGCAUGUGCGCGUGCAUGUACAUGUGCGUGUUGUCUCUAUAGGGUUGGAUGGUAAAGACCGUUCCCCAGCAGAUCCUCCAUAGUGAGAGCAUGCAGGACAGUCUACUGGAGUAUGUGAAGAAAAGA